UAGGUUUCGCGUAUCUGCUAAAAAUGGAGGGAAAGUCAUAUAUGAAGACACAAAUUCUUUUUAUGCCCCAUAUCAAAAAAGAUAUUAUUACCUUAACGUAAAUCGACAUUUGCAACGCUCGAACUUGAAUUCGACGAAGUACCACCAACUCAUUGUUUUGAAUACAACGAAACAUGUUCAACGGAUGCACUAAAAGCUGAUGAUUUUGUUACUAAGCAAAAUUUGACAGUUUAUUGGUCUGGAUGGAACGAUGUAGAUUCCGGUAUUGACUGGUUUGAAUUUAAUAUCUACUACCUAGAAUCAAUAGAUAACGGUCCCCUUCAGUACAGAAAUAUGUUGCCAGCAACCAUUAUAGACACUAAACUGAAUUCGGCGGAACUGAAAUUGGAAGAACCAGGACCUUAUUCUAUAGAAAUGAAGGUGCAUGAUCGUGUAAAGAAUGCAAAAGUUACAAGAAGAAUCAUCAUGUAUGAUAAUGCAUCAGUCGUUGAACUUGUUGGCAAUAAAAGUUGUAGAAUUAUUCAAGCUCAACCUACAGGAUGGGUCAAUAAGUUCAGCGAUCAAAUAGAAAUAGUUUGGACUGGAAGAUUUCGUAAUAUGAGACAUAACAAUGGAGGGUGGCUGAAUGAAGUUCAAGACUCGGAAAACGUCGCCAAAAUCCUUGAUGAUCAGAAUGCAAGAUCAAAAAGAACCAUUGAAGAAUUGCCAAACGUUUACGGAAUUAUACGAUUUGAAAUUGCCCGGACACAAGAGCUUUUUGGCACAGUAGAUUACAAAACAUUUUAUCGUAUACCUGAUGAUUAUGUUUUACUGGAGAAGAUGGUACUCACAGAUUUGCAGUUAACUGAUGGCAAGAAGGUGACAUACACUAUUCGAGGAGUGGAUGUAUUUGGAGAAUUCGCAGAAGACAACAUUUCAUUCAUGAUAGAUCUUUCUCCACCAGUUAUAGAACAUCUAUGGCUACGAAAGGGGAAUUUAAUCAAUAUAAGCAUGCAUAACAUGUUAGAUUUGUCAGAUCUUAUAAUUGAAUGGGAAACAUUUGAUAUAAAUAGCGGAAUAAGUGAAAUGUCGUGGACAAUUUUUGAAAAUUUGACAAAUCAUGAUAUCAUAUAA